AUGGCAGCAGCGGUGGCGGCGAUAGUGGCAGCGGUAGUGAUUGCGGUGGCGGUGGAAGAGUCGAUGGCGACGGCGGCGGCGGUAGUGAUAGCGGUAGCGGUUGCGGAUGGUUGGGAGGAAGCCACAGUUGACAAACUCAUCAAGGAAGAUUCAAGGACUUGGGAUGAUGAUGUUAUCAAUGGCCUUUUUGUUCCGGAGGAAGCUGCCAUCAUUAAAUCAAUCCCGCUCUCAAGAUUCCCUACUGAAGACAAACUGUUUUGGCCAUGGACUCAAACAGGGAAGUACAGCUACAAAUCUGGUUACAGAUUUUUAAAGUAUGAAGAUGAAGUUUCAGGGGCGACGGAUGCACUGGCAGAGGACAGAAAUUUCUGGCGCAGCAUUUGGGAUUUGUGUGUUCCAAAUAAGAUAAAAAAAUUUCUGUGGAGAGCAUGUCGUGAGGUAGUCCCAACAAAAGCUAACUUGAAGCGACGCCACAUUAUGGAGAACGGCAGCAAGAACAGGGUUGCCUGGACGUCAUCAAAGUGGAAUGGCUACCAAAACAUAAGCCCAGUAAACUUUAAGGAGCUAUUAUCGUGGAUAUUUAAAAAUCAUGGCAAUCCGGAGCGUUUUGCGAUGGUGACGUGGAGCUUAUGGAACCAGAGGAAUCAGGUUCGGCUCAACAAGCCUUGCUGCCCAUCAAACCUGAUUGAAGCACAGGCGAAGGAAAAAUUGGAGGAAUUCAUGGCUACAAUCCCAGACAAACCAGCGACCUUACCUCGACAGAGAACGAACUGGAAACCACCUGAUGCGAGAAGUUUCAAAAUAAAUUUCGAUGGUGCAAUCUUCAAGCAGGAAAAUAAGAACGGGAUUGGGGUGGUUAUUCGUGAUCACACAGGGGCUGUUAUGGCCUCUCUUGCUCAAACCGUUGCACCUGCUAUGCAGCCCAUUGAGAUUGAUGCAGUAGCAGUUGCUCGGGCGCUGGAGUUUGGAGAGGAAAUUGGCAUAACAGAGGCUGUACUUGAAGGUGACUCAGAGCUGAUUAUGAACUCACUUAAAGGAGGAGGACACUCUAUAGCUUUAGUGGAGCCGUUACUGCAUGGUGCCAUGGUUUUCUCUAGUCGUUAUGCAAAUUGCUAUACUCUCAUUGUAGAAGAGAUGGCAAUAGAUUAG